AGCUGUACUGAUAACGCACACAUAAGAAAACAUAGGAGAAAAGAUAAGUAGAGGCGAGAUAAGCCAAAACAAAAGGUGCCAAGCAUGCUGUCCUACAUAAAACGCAAGCUCUCCGAAUCCGACAGCGGCGUCAAUUCUGUGACGUCGUCGUGCGGCGGGAAUAGUGGGAGUUCAGGUGAUAGCGGCAGCGGUACGGGCAGCAGCAGCAGCGGCAGUAUCAGCGGUCGCAGCCAAAACGCCGACGAGUUAGUGCGCAAAACGAGCCAGAUGUCGAUGGACGAUGAGGCCAUUGCCUUCGGGGAGGACGCACUGCUCCAUGAGCUGGGCUACCGGAACGCCACGGAUCUCCAGGAGACCAUCUACGAUCUCUUGCGAGGCAUUCGGGAUCCCGAGAAACCGUGCACUUUGGAGGACCUGAACGUGAUUUACGAGGAUGGAAUCUUCGUAAUGCCACCCACGCGCUCAAAUGUCUCAGUCGUUCGUAUCGAGUUCAAUCCCACAGUGCCCCAUUGCUCGCUGGCCACGCUUAUCGGACUCUGUAUUCGCGUAAAAGUGGAACGUGGACUGCCGCACAACAUAAAGCUAGACAUAUUCAUCAAGAAGGGAGCCCAUCAAACAGAGGAAGAAAUUAACAAGCAAAUCAAUGACAAGGAGCGCAUCGCAGCGGCCAUGGAGAACCCCAAUCUGCGGAAUCUGGUCGAGAACUGCAUCAAGGAUGAGGAGUAGCUCUCUUUCGGCUCUGGCUUUGUGUAUAUAGGGAAUGUCUAGGGUUAAGUAUACCAUUAAGUUGCGUCAUGGACUGUGUGCUUAGCAUUAAAGCCCUUUUAAAUCUGUUAA